UGCGACCCGGAACCCUCGAUCUUGGCCUGCCAGACUGGCUGGAUUCGGCUACGGCGCAAUAUUGGUUCUCGCCCUGCUGCUGGCCUUCUAUUUAGGGUGGAUACUGUCUCCAAAGUCCCCAGGAAAGGUACAUGUUGAUACGGCCUGGUCCGAAUUAAAGAGUCAAAUAAGACGUGUUCCAUACACCUUUGACCCCCAUUUCGUAACGCCCCCUUCGGAGUAUAUGGGACAGCCAAACCCGGAGUUGGAUAAGAAAUGGUAUCAUCUUGCAGGACUGCGUAACUUUGCGGUUGACCAAGAGACUCUGGCUCGCGCAAAUAAGUCAAGGGCCGCCGUACAAUGGCCUGGUACCCAGAAGUAUCAGGCUGGCCUGGAAGCCUUCCACCAGUUACAUUGUCUAAACUAUAUCCGGAUGUAUACGUAUAUGGACUACUAUAGUAAGAUAGACUUCGAUAUGCUCCAGGAACCGCUUGAGGAGCGAACCGAGCACAAAGAUCACUGUAUCGACGUACUCCGUCAGCAAUUGAUGUGUGCACCCGACCUGAACAUUUAUACGUUUCAUUGGACUAAGCACUCGCCUGUGCCAUUCUUCGAUUUAAGCACGAACCACGAAUGUAUUGACUGGGAACGGUUCGACUCGUGGACUACUGGGCAGAUGGUCCACGAGGGUGUCCCUCAGAAGCCUGCUGAUCAUGACGAUUUUUUGGACUAGUAUGAUAAAUGGGUCUGCUCUGUGGAGCCUAUUCCUUGUUGGUUACGAGAUAUCUCAACUAAAGGCAGGCAUAAGUUACUAUUUCUCUUUCUCG